ACGCUUCUCUGCAGCGAGCUCGACUUUUAACUUUAACUCAGUUUGGCGGCAAAAGUCGAGUAGUUUACGUCUUGUUGCUCGGCUGUGAAUUAAUCGUAAAAGAAGCUCGUGCCGGCUUAACUCCCUUUCGAAAAUUCUCUAAUGUAAUACGCAACCAAAUCGAGUACUACUACGUUAUUUGAAAUUUCUUUAGCGAUGUAAUAUACAGGAAGGUACAAAAUUAAAGAAGUUGAUUAUUACAUAAAAUGCAGAUGGUCAAUGCUAUCGAUAAAAUCGAGCUUUGACCUUAGUUAUUUAUGCUCACGAUUUAUUUCCUAUCGUUAAUCUUUCAUUAACAACAACAGUAUGGUGCUUAGUACUUAAAAUUGAAAGAAGAAAAAAGAGAGAGACUCGCAUCGUAAAGUUAAUUGCCUUGUAAAUCCGUUAAAAGUAUGACUUCGAAAAUGCAUCAACGGGUAACAUCAAUACUCGCCGGUGUUGCAAUCGCCGUAUUAUUAGCCAUAAUUGUUAUUGUGUGGGUGCAAGUCGGACAUGGCGCGUUUAAGGGGAAAGAAGAAUACAAUAUCAGCACCUUCAACUCCUUGCAGAGCUACGCCGAGAUGAGCACGAUUAAUUCAACGCACGCCCAAGGAGUGGAAAUUCUGAAGAACUCGCACCUGGACGAUCUGGGGAGGCACAGCAUGGAGCUGGUGAGGCCGAUCAAGAUCGAUCCGCCGCUUCACGAUCACGAUCUCAUCUUCGAUCAGCUGCACGACAACGAGGAUCAUCCGAUUUUGAGGCACCACAGCGGACAUUUUCGGCACACGGCCGCCGAAGUGUGGGACCCCCAUCCCCAGUACGAGAUCCAAGCGUUCGGGCAGGUGCUCGUCUUGGAGCUGUCGUUCAACUACAAGUUCGUCUCGCCGAACCUCCAGGUGACGCACGUUUGGGAGAACUACACGAGGCGGGCGAUGCACGAUCCCAAAGCGAGCGGCUGCUUCUACACGGGGAAGGUUAAAGGCGAGAAAAAUUCCGACGUUGCCGUCUCCCUGUGCAACGGAAUGACCGGAUACAUUCGGACCUCGGAAGGGAAUUACUACAUCGAACCCGUUGAGAAAUUUCGCAACGACUCGAUCGCGAGCAUAAUGCAUCGCAUAAAAAAAGUGGCGCACAAGACAGAGGCGGACGACCUGGACGCAACGACGUCGACCGAGUUAUGCGAAGUAAAAGAAAACACGACGAUCAUCGACGACGAUUUUCUCAUCGGCAAGGAGGAGUACAAGCACUUCGUCCACAAGCGCGACGUGACGCAAUCCAGGCCACGCAGAGAUGUCCUCUUCGAAGAUGACAACAUCGAGUUCGUGCCGAUCGCUCCAAAGGCGAGAUCGGGCAACCAUCAGGAGUUUCACAUAGAAACACUGAUCGUCGCCGACAAGACGAUGGCGCAAUACCACAACACCGACGAGGACCUCAAUCACUACAUUCUCACGUUGAUGUCUCAUGUAGCUCUUCUCUUCAAGCAUGCCACUAUCGGUAACCCAAUUUCUCUUGCCGUCGUCGAAAUCGUCACGCUGAAGGAGACCGAGUUUCUGAGUAACACUUCCGACGAGAUGCUGAAGAAGUUCUGCAACUGGCAGGCGCAGCACGCCGAACGUACCCAGAAGCAAUACGAUACGGCGCUUCUACUUACUCGCGAAUCGAUUUGUAAAAAUCUAACCGCCCAAGUUUGUAACACGUUGGGCGUCGCCGAAGUUGGAUCGAUGUGCAAUUCGAAUUCGAGCUGUGCCAUUGUCAGAGAUAAGGGACUGUCGACCUCGUAUAUAAUUGCGCAUGAACUGGGACACGUCUUAAGGGUGGCCAAAUAAGAAUGCGAGGUACUGGGAACCUGUUCAUCGUAGAGUCUUGC